AUGUGUCAACUACAUAAAUCUCUUUAUGGCCUUAAACAAGCUCCAAGGGCUUGGCUUCAAAGGCUCUCUGAACAAUUGCUAGAACUUGGAUUUGAGGAAUCAAAAGUUGAUUGUUCAUUGUUUACUCUUUGUACUAAUACAUUCAAACUUUUUGUGUUGGUUUACAUAGAUGACAUUAUCAUAACUGGAUCAAGCAGUUCGGCUAUUAUAUCUUUCAUUGACAGCUUGAAGGAAAAUUUCCAUAUUAGAGAUCUUGGACAGCUAAGUUAUUUCCUUGGAGUUGAAGCAAAACGUAGUAAUAAAGGUCUUCAUCUUUGGCAAGCUAAAUAUAUAUCCGACCUUCUUGAAAGCACCAAAAUGCAAGGAGCAAAGCCACUAGCUUGUCCGACUACUUCAGGUAUGAAAUUAUCUUCUAAUGCUGGCACACUUCAAUCAGAUCCAACAGAAUAUAGGCGCAUAGUGGGAGCUCUCCAAUAUUGCACCAUUACACGUCCUGAUAUUUCAUAUGCAGUAAAUCAGUUAUGCCAAUUUAUGCAUAACCCGAGAGACUCACAUUGGAUAGCGACAAAAAGUGUGCUUCGAUAUUUAAAAGGAACGGUGGUCUAUGGACUUUUUUAUUCACCUUCAACAAUUGACAUUCAUGUUUAUUGUGACUCGAAUUGGGUUGGUAACCCAGAUGACAGAAGAAGCACAAGUGGAUUUAGUAUUUUUCUCGGGAAAAAUUUAAUAUCCUGGUGUGCCAAGAAACAAGGAGUUGUCUCGCGUUCAAGCACAGGAGCGGAAUACCGAAGCAUGGCUUUGGCUACACCUGAAGCUUAUUGGAUCCGAAUGUUGAUAAAAUAG